AUGGAUAUUCGUGGUAGAAAAAUGAAAAAACCGCCUGCAUGCGUGCAGUGCCGUAAGAGGAAGAUAGGCUGCGAUCGUGUUAAGCCGAUUUGUGGGAACUGUAUGAAGCAUAAUAAAAUGGACUGCUUUUAUCCGGACGUUCCCGGACAAUACGUUCCCUCUAGUUCUUCCUCUUCCAAUACACGCCAAGUAGCCAACGGUCCGUACUUAAACUCUUAUUACGCUUCUCGUCGUGUCUCCAAGGAAACUGCUGCACUUUUGCAGAAAAAUCCAGAACUGGCUUCUUUGGAGCAAAUAAGAGAAUACAACACGCGUCUGCAACUGCUCAAUGCUCAAAAUCAACUUAAUAAUAGAUCAUCUGCGGCAAAUGCAACCUUGAAUCAACAACACACUCAAUAUAUUCCAAAAUCAGUGCCUUCCUUGGAAAGUAAGCCAGUCACUUCUGCAAACGAAUCUUCUACUCCACUCAAUUGGGUUCAAGGCCCUGCAAUUUUUCAUAUGCUAACCUCUCCUUACACACAAGAUGAAAUCAUCAAUCAUGAAAUGAAUUUCUUGAAAGGCAGACUACUGGAAUUGCAAGAAAUUACAGGUAAGAAAAUUACGGGAGUAAAUCUUGAUCUCAAGCAGGAUUCCUCAGCGCAAAUGCAGUCUUCACACUCCAAUAGAAACCAAGAGGAGUUUUUGACAAUUAAGAAAAGAAAACUGAGUGAAGACGGCGUUACGGACGGGGACGGUAAGCCAAUUCCAGAGAGUGAAAGAAGACCUCAUCUUAAUGAAUUUAAGGAUUUAGAUCCUCAAUUUUUGGAUACUAAUAAAGUUUUUAAUGUGUUUAAUUCUGCUAUUUCAGAAGAAGGUAGAAACAGAUUAUGGCUGUUACCAAAAAAUAUAAAUAAAAGUUCUAUCUUCCAGAUUCAGUAUUUGAUUGAACGUGAUCCUUUCCUAUUCAAAUUCUUCAAUGACUUGAAUAUAUUAAUUGAAACGCAAUUUAAUGGACCUUUGCACGAUUUGGUAGCAAGCCGUAACAGUAUUGAGCGCAACAGUGGCAUAUCUCAAAUAUUAAAGUUUCCUUCACAAUCGAUAACACAGACCCUUAUCAACAAAUACUUAUCCACGAUAACGGAAACGAAUUCAAUACUUCCAAUAUUAAAACCAAAGAGACUAUUACCCAUAGUUGAGCAGCUUUUUCCUUCUAACACCAUUAAUAAGCCAAAUUCUAAAGAUUUUGAAACUAUUUUUCAAGUUUUUAGUGUGACCAAUGAUCAGCUACUAAAUCUAGGAUUUAUUACUCUCUGUCUCCUGAUUCUUUUUGAAUCGUUGAAUUCUACGGUUUUGAUUCCUCUUAGAGAUGAUGAACACUUGCAAUUAUUCAAUGUGUUAUUCAACUACUUGCCUUUGUUGAAGUCUAAUUUAACAACGCUUAGAUUUGAAAUUGAAAAAAGGUCAAUGUGUAAUAUAGAGACCCUGCGGUUUAUUUCUUUGUGGAAAUAUUACCAAUUUGUGAUGGACACGUCGUCAUCGUCCUCUUUCGUAAUUGAUUACGACGAAGAUAUGCAUAUGGCAUGUUUACUAUCGUUAAAUCAUGAAACUCAAAAUCAAUCUCAUAUUUUGACCUGGAAUUUCAUAUUUAAGAACUACUGCUGGAGACACCUUUUCUUAGGUCAAUUGCCGUUGCUAAUGUCUGAACCUUUCACAAAUUCUACCCCAAUUAUUGAUCCUUUGUUGAACAACGAUUUUGAAUUGAUUGAUUUUGAAGUAAACUUGAUGAAAUAUUUGCAAAGUAAAGAUCAACAACUAUCCAUUGAUAAAAUUAUACAGUUAAUCAAGCUUUUGAAAAAUAAGAAUAUCGAGGUCAGCCAAGGAUGUUUAACGACUCCUUCAAUAAUUAAUAAUAUCAUGGAUUCUCUAAUCUACAGGAAUUCAAUGUUAUAUUUGAACUUUUACCUCUUAUUGCAAUUUGAAACAUUGAAAAAUUAUGCUAAAUUUAACGAAAUUUUGGAAGACUUUUUGGAAUUGUCGAGGGAGACCUUGUUCUUUGUUUUCUCGAACUUAGCCAAUAUUAAAUUUGCUGGUCAUGAAUUCACAUUCAUCAAUAAAUCUAUUGUGGUUCUGCAAACUUUAGUUUUAAUGCUUUUGGCGCUCUAUCAAAGGUCUUUUGAUUCUUCAAAGAGGACGAAUGAUGCUAAUGAAAUCAGUGAGCAAACAGAUAUUCAUAGUAAUAACGACAAUAGUAAGAGAAUAAAGAAUAAAAAUGUUAUUCAUUUAAUUAUCAACAAAAUUGCAAUGUUGUUAAGUGAUUAUACCAAGAAUUGUAAAAAGCAAAAUAAACUCAUCGAAAAUCUGAUUAUUAAAAUUAAGACAAUCUCCAAGUAUAUCAAAAAUCUUGAGGAGAAUAAGGUAACGACUAGCGCCGAUUCAAAUUAUUCCAUUAAUAACGGAUUUUCUGGCAUAUCUGCAGAGCAGUUGAUUAAAUUAAAUCACGAGUUGAGUAAAAUUUCAGAAUCUCUGAUAAAAACGGAUUUUUAUGAACAGAGGAAAAAUAGCACAGUUUCUAAUGGAGUUUUAGGCGCAGCAGCUCCUGUUGAUAGCGACGCAAAUUCGGAUACUUUCGGUUUAACAAAGGAGAAUUUCAACGAAGUUUUUGAGGCUAUUCGUAGCUAA